AUGAGCAGCAGCAGCACCACUACCUCCAGUAGCUCAAGCAAUUCAACUUCCAGUAGUAGUUCAAAUAGCAAUUCAAGUAGCUCAAGAAGCCUUCCAAAUGAACUUCAAGCUGCUGCUCUAAAUGAUACCCAACCCUCGGUGGCAAUAACGGCCCCUAGCAUGAAUAGAAACGCGGCCAGUGCACCGCUACCAAUUACAGAAAACUACAUCAUCCACAGAACUUAUACCGAAGUACCCAGCGAAUUAGAUUCUGAAGAAGAGGAACACGAAGAAGGUGAGGAAGAAGGAGGAGAAGGAGAAGAAGAGGAAUACUUUGAAGAUGAAGAAGGAGAAGCCAUUCAAAAAACAGAUACAAACGACAGUGCCAAUAUCCUUAGUAAACUAGUAAAAAGUCCAUCUAGCCAACUCAACUCUGAACUGGAUAACGAGCCUACCCAACCCGAAGAAUCAUACAUCAACUAUAAACAUAUCGAUGAAACUUAUCCAGAUACCCUUUCAGAAACUGGCUCAGAAAGACACGUCCUAGCAGCCUCCCGAAGGUCUCUCUCGUUGAGUCACAUUACACCCAGACAAAGCAUUGGUGAGACAAGUUCCUCCCAAGAUCUUCAAUUACAAUCAUCGCCUACAACUGCGCUUUCAUUUGCAACAGGAAUCGGAACAGGAUUUACAGAAAUGCCAUUGUACGAUUAUGGACCAAGCAACAAUGCCUGCUACGACGAAAAUGAACCCAGCUCACAAAUCUUGCCUGGAGAAGAAGAAGAAGGACAACAACAACAACAACAACAAUCUACCGAAAGCCACCACGGACUGAUGGAAACUGCUAAGCGCAGCAUAUUUAGCGGCUUCGGAUCUUUCAAGAAGAAGAAAAGCCCAAAGUCUAUUAGCAGCAUUGAAAGCAUAGAUGCAGGGGGUGCUCCCAGCAUGAGCAGAAGCAGUAGUACCCACAGCGCAUUGACUGGAAACAGACGUAAAAGUAUGGCUACAUCUCCAUUCAGCGGACCAACGGACCGAGUUGGAAGCCCAGAACCAACCCUUUCAAUUGACCAUGCUUCAGACGUUGCUACCCUACUCUCCGAAGUUCUCGACAGCGAUGAUUUGGCCUUACCACAAGAUGUCCAGCCACUAGAUCCAGAACCUGACUCUCAUACAGAUGCAGGGCUCUCCUAUCCACACUCCAUCAGCUCACUCAAUAGUGAAGCCGAAGAAGCUUCGGAUCAUGAAGAGGCCCAAGAGGGGGAGGAGGAACAAGAGCUUGCAAAGUUUCUCUCUCGCAAAAAACAGUACUUUAUCUUAUCGACCGCAGGUAAACCAAUCUACUCCAUGCAUGGGUCAGACGAACUUGUCACGGGGUACAUGGGAGUUUUUCAAGCCAUUGUGUCAUACUUUGAGGAUGAUUCUGCCUCAGGUUUAACAAACUCGAGAGAGGGGCUCCAAGUUCUACGCGCUGGGAAUACCAUGUUUGUCUUUGCAAUUGAAGACCCUAUUAUUCUCAUUGCCAUUGACAAGCUAGGACAAACGGAACUGCAAUUACGGGCUCAACUCGACUUGUUAUAUGCCCAAAUUCUUUCAACUCUCACUAAAUCACAGCUUUCCAGAGUCUUCAAGGGCAGAGCAAACUUUGAUCUCCGUCCACUGCUUUCCGGAAGCGAAGUUUUUAUGAAUGCCCUGACUAAAGAAAUGAGCUUUGGAUCUCCUGGUGUGCUUCUUGGGGCGCUCGAAUGUUUGCGUCUGCGAAAAUCCAUGCGUGCCAAAAUGCACCACAUCUUAUCGGAGCGUCGUAGCAAAUCGCUGCUAUACGGUCUCAUUGUUGCAGAUUCCCGUCUAGUCGCAGUCAUUCGUCCGCGCAAGCACUCUCUCCACCCACCAGACCUACAUCUUGUUUUUUCCAUGCUCUUCAAUACCCAAUCCUUUUCCAAGGGCGAUGGUGAACACUGGGUUCCCAUAUGUCUGCCCAAGUUUAACGCUACUGGGUUUUUAUAUGCAUACAUUCACUUUUUCGCCCCGCCUCAGGUGGCCCUAGUACUGAUAAGCGCUGAUAAGGGUGCCUUUUUCGAGCUCCAGGCUGCUAAAGACGGGAUUGUUGCGGAUCUCAAUGCCCAUAACCUUAUCACUCCCAUUCUUAGCUCUCUUAAUCGUGGCAGGUACCGCACUGUGGAGAUUCUCGGGACCCCUCACUUGGCAUACAGUGGAGCAGCGCGGCCACAGCAGCAACAGCAACCACAGGAGACACAAGUCCAAGCCCCGACCUCGUCGUGGAUCCCUGCAAGUUCUCUUGCGCCAUUUACCGUCCGUCAUUUUCUCUACAAGUCACGGCAGAACGUCCAGUUUGUUAUGCCAUCUUUCGACCCACACUACAUGGACACAGCAGCGCGCCAUCGCCUAAUGAUUUUAUAUCACCAGCUGCAUGGUGCCCUGCAUGGUGGCUCACGGUCAGGUGGUGGAGUUAUAGGCUCUGGCAAUACUGUUGGCGGCGGGACCGUAGGUCUUCGCGUAUACCACGUUUCGCGAGGAGACGGCGGAGUACGCGGGUCGGCUCUCGCGUGGCUUACCCCAGCAUUUGAACUCUACUGUGUCACUGGUAGCGCCCAUGAAGGUGUGGAUCCUGAGACUGGUACUUGCGCGUCACUGGCGCCUGUCACAGUUAACACGAAGGAUGCCAUGCUACGAGCGGUCAAGACGAUAGUUGGAUGGAUCAAGUCACACGAAGAGCGCCUGUUUAUAUUUGGCGGCGCCGUUUUUUGA